AAUCGUGGGAGUGAAUGACUGUUUCACCACUAACAGAAUGAAAAACAUCACACAGAAACUCCUGGUGCUGCAGACAGAGUUAAAACAGGUCAAAGAAGAGAACAAAAAUCUAAUUGAGAAUUUUAACUCUGAACGAGUCCUGAGGAAAAAGUACUACAACAUGGUGGAAGACAUGAAAGGUAAAAUCAGAGUCUUCUGUCGCAUAAGACCUUUGAGUAAAUCAGAAAUAGGACGUGGAAGUAGGAUUGUUGUUGACUGUCCAGAUGACUACACUGUGACUGUAGAAAGCUCCCGGGGUUUAAAAGAGUUCCAGUUUGAUAAGGUAUUCAACAGCAGCUGCACACAGGAGGACAUUUUCGAGGACACAAGCAGGUUAAUUCAGUCAGCAGUGGACGGCUACAAUGUCUGCAUUUUUGCUUAUGGGCAGACAGGUUCUGGGAAGACUUUUACUAUGAUAGGGGACAAAGAACUGAAAAACCCUGGUGUCAUACCAAGAGCUUUUCAAAGAAUGUUUCACAUCAUUGAGGAAAAUAAAAUGAAGUUCGAUUUCAAGGUAACAUAA